CUCUGCCUGCGUCUCUUUCCUUCUCCGCCUCUUUAUUACUUCAUCUGCUGCGAUUCAAUCAUUUGGCUUCCUGACGAACGGGAUUAGAUCAGGAAGCGCUGGAUGAGUGUUCAGAUAACGGCAGGUUUUUCUUUAUGUGGACGACACAUGACGUUUAGAAGACGGCGACAGGUUUGAGUCACAGGGUCAGAAAGAAGCUGACUAACUGCCUGAGGGAGUUUCUUCUGCUUUCUUUAAUAUCCUGAGGAUUUAUGUGACGGUGGGGAAACGGACGGAUGACAGCUUUAGUGCAGGCCUAAAAUGGUUGAUGUUGUAACGCCGCGCACAAUGCCGUCAGAAACCGAAGUUCACGUGGCAAGGAGCUUUCUGACCAAGAUUUUGCGAAGCUCUAUGAGGAAGAACCGCUUCAAAGGAAAGAAUGAUCCAGGCUCGCGGCCCCAUUCCUGGCACUCCUCCAAGCUGACAGAAGAGGAGACAGAGCCCGCUGGGAGAGAGGCCACCCCGGCACCGGUCUGGCAGCCAAAACAUGAAGCAAGGCCCGAAGAAUUGUCCACUCAAGGGGAACAGAACAGCCAGCGUCAGCUAACCAGUCAGUUCAGCUCAGUGAACAACAUGGAGAGACUGGACCGUCCCUCUCAUCCUUUCCCCCCGGGUCGUCUUUCCCCAACCAAAUACAUCAGCGGUGCAGAGCCCCUCACUGGACCUGCAGGCAAGAGAGACUCUGCGUUCAGCUGCUUCACCAACGGCUCCAGCCCUCCUGUUCACGACCAGAGCACGUCGGGUAGGAAGGGCACCAGCACUGAAAACAUUUUCUUCAAGGGCCUCCAGAGCGAGGGGCUUCAACAGGCCGGGCGGCCCAGGUACCACCAGCCGGCGCUGGGGAACGGAGGCUGGGAGGGGUUACGGGCAGAGGAGCAGCCGGCCACUCGGGUUUCCAUCGCAGGGAGACUGAGCAUCGGCCCAGUGUGGCAAGUACCAGAGAAGAAGUCCCAGUCUCCGCCUCCCCCACCUCCUCCCCUGCGCAGUGACAGUUUUGCUGCCACAAAAGUGUUCCCCUACCCCGAAGGGCCAAGUGGUCCCACAAAGAGCCACCGCAGAUCCACAGAAAAACUGACUGAGAGCAAUGAGCAGAACGGCCUCAGAUCUCACCAAGGAAAAACCUCAGAUCCCAGACACAGCUUCAAGCCCCUGCCCGCCAAAGACUCCCUCCAUCCCCCCCACGCAGCAGCCGACCACAACCACAACCAGCUGCACCCCAACAAACUGUUCUCUUUGUCCAGCAAUGACGUGCGACAGUCUCAUUACACCCAAGUAGCUGCCCACCAGAGGCAGUACAGUGAUGAAAGCCCCUUCUACCUGCAGACCAGGUCAGCUCCUCCUGCAAAGACCCAGAGUGUUGGCAGCUACUAUCGCAGCCUCCAGGAUCUACCCACUAAUCUUUUCAACCGCAGGCAAGUUAGGCACUCCACCGCAUCCAUGACAAGUCCUGCUGCAAACCCACACCUGGAGGGUUGGGGCCACAGCAGAUACUACGGCCCAGCAGGCAAGCAUCUGGCUCAGGCCGCGGAGCUUCAGGCCAGGCAGGGCAAAGCAGAGGGCCGGAGGGGGGAGCCGGAGAAAGCACACUGGGUGAACAGCAGUGAACCAGGCUUCUCAAGUUCAUUGAAGGCAAAGUACCCUCUACCUCAGUCCCAGAUGCCUUACAGCGAAAAUAAGGAGCGCAAUGGUCAUUCCCAUCUGGGGAAUGGUCUUCAUCCAACCUCUGAACAUUGUAAUCAGAGCCGCAGCCUGGAGGACGCUGCAAAGAGAGCUGAAGGACACAAUAAUGACACCAAAAGACAUUUUGCAACACAUCUAAGUAAUGAUCAUAAGGUUGGUCUUUCAAGGCAGCAAGACCCAUGGGUGCCUCAAGAAGACCAGCGGAUAUCCCCCCUGAAAACCCCCCUCCUCCACUCCCUGGCCCAGGAGAGCAGGAGUCUGGCUGAGAGGCAACCUGCAGCUAUGACCAUGGGUGUCACGUCCAGCCAGGAUACUGGUGACACCAUGCCCACCGGCAGUGGAAAGGUGAAUCGACGCAGUGACCGUUACGCUACCACGCUCCGCAAAGAGAUCCAGCAGAAACGAGCUCAGCUGCAAAAGAGUCGCAGCGCUGCAACUCUGACGUGUGAUGCAGAGGACGAGGAGGUAGAGGAGUGGAGAUCCACUGAGACUUCUACGUCCUCUGGUGCCUCCUUUUCCAAUAUCUACAAGGAUCACCUGAAAGAGGCUCAGGCCCGGGUUCUCCAGGCCACCUCCUUCCAGAGACGCGACCUGGAGCCCCUUGGACCCGAGGUGCCGGUAUUGAAAACCUCUAAUGGACGCAUUAGAGGACGUAAACGCUUCCCCCUGGCAAAGAGGACCCACUCCUUCUCAGAGCCGGACAAGAUAGACAAAGUAGGCGUGGAGUUAGAACCUCAAAGGGGGUCCUUCGGAGAGCGCAGGAGGUUCUUCGAGGCCAAACCAGCUUUCUCCAGACCUGUGCUGAAGUCAAGUCAAAGUUCAAACCUGAGCACAGACCUGGGUGAGGUAAGCAAACUCAAAGAGAACACUUCCUCCGCAGACCCCGACCUCCUCAGUCCUGGGUACAAACAGAUCUUACUGGAGCAGCAGAGGCUCGGGACCUUCGCUGAGUACCAGGCCACAUGGAACCAGCAGAAGAAGUCGCCAGAGGCCAAGACGCAAGGGAGGUAUCACUCUGCAGAGAAUAUCUUGGAUGCAGAUGCUGAGGAGAAAGUCAUCUGCACCCAUGAGAGAUCCAGAUCAUCCCCGUCUGCAGACUUCUAUGCACAGAAUAUUCCCUCAUCGUGGAGAGACCCUGAAGACCAGCAGAGCAGUUACACCACCAGGGGAGAAUCAGAGAACCGACUUCGAUAUCAACCCGACCGCAGCCCACACUCGGCCCCGUCAGUGCCCAGGAACGAGGGCCCAGCACCAGGCCUCUCCGACCACAGGACCAAAUCCAACGCUGCCAAUCCCUCCCAGACCACACUCUCCUCGGGCCCUCGCAGCCACAGCCCCAACCCUGGCUCCCAGCACGCAGCUCAGCCUCCACAAACCAAGGGCCUCCUGCCGCCGCCCAGGCCCCUUUUAGGGCCAGAAACCACAUCCUCCUCCCAGGAAUUCCUCGCUGCCUCCCAGGCAAAGCCGGCGGCGCUCCAGCCUCUGUCCAGCUGGAGCUCUGACACCCAGCACCAUGAUACUACCCCCGGCUCCUCUGCUGGCCCCGCCCCGGCCAGCUCCCCUCACCUCAGCUGGACAUCCCCACCAGAUGUGCGUAAAGGAGAUGUAGAGCCCGAGCAGGAGAGGGAGCAGCUGCCACGGCCUUCAUCGCCUCGCUCCUCCUGGACGGCCCCUCUGUCUUUACCCACCGCGGAUCGAGUGCGGUCUCCCUCGCCACAGUUUGCACCGUUGAGACUGACCGACAAGCCGCCGGCCGUGAAGGAUGACUCAACACUCAGGUCGGAAAAUGAGCUGAAGCUUGCAGAAGGGAUGGAUGUGAACAGUCCAGUGAGGAAAGUCCCCGUGAGGAUCGUCCACGCUGAGAGCAGCUCAGACCGGGGGGGACGUGCCUACCUGCCCCCGAGCGGCGAGACCUGCAGCGCCUUUGAGCCGUCGCCCUACAUCCCCUGCCUGGGGGCCACAGAGCACCCGGUGUCGUCCCUGUUCAGCGCCUACAUCCGCCAGGUCACUCAGGACCCGGGUCAAGUUUCCUUACAAGAGACGGACAAAGAGUCGAGCUCGGCAGGUGUCCAGCGCUCAGAGGAGGACGCCAAGAGAGAGGAACUGGCCAGGGACAUCAUGGGUAAAGACAAGUCCCUGGUGGACAUCCUCAACCAGAGCGGCAGGAAGACCACCAUGGACCUCAUGGAGGGGCUCUUUCCCCCAGAGGAGCAGAUCCUGGAGGGAGCCCACCAGAGGAGGAGGACCCCCACCAGCUCCAGGCCGACCACGUUGUCCCCCAGGAUCACGGACAGGAGGGGGGAGGAGGAGGAUGUGUCUGCAUCAGCAGCAGCUUCUCUGGUGCCCAGCUCCUCCUACUACAACACAUCAGCUCCCAAAGCCGAGCUCCUCAUCAAGAUGAAGGACAUGCAGGGGCAGCUGGAGGAGCAGGACUCUGAGGACGAGCUGGACAUCGAUCUGGCCAGUAAAAAGCAAGAGCUGAUCUCCAGCCUGGCGAGGAAGCUGGAGGUGCUGCGGGAGGCACGGCAGAGCCUGCAGGACGAUGUGGAGGACAACGAGACCCUGGGUCGGGAGGUGGAGGUCACCGUGCAGCGCCUCUGUCAGCCCAACCAGCUCGACAAAUUCCGCAUGUUCGUGGGCGACCUGGACAAGGUGGUGAGCCUGCUGCUGUCGCUGUCGGGGCGGCUCGCCCGGGUGGAAAACGCCCUCAACAGCCUGGAGGAUGAAGCUUCGCCAGAGGAGAAGCGGAACCUGACGGAGAAACGCAAGCUGCUGAUGCGGCAGCACGAAGACGCCAAGGAGCUGAAGGAGAACCUGGACCGUCGAGAGCGCCUGGUGUCCGGGAUCAUGGAGGUCCACCUGGACGCGGAGAGCCUGGACGACUACCGGCACUUCGUCAAGAUGAAGUCGGCCCUCAUCAUCGAGCAGCGCAAACUGGAGGACAAGAUCAAGUUGGGCGAGGAGCAGCUGAAGUGUCUGUUGGACAGUUUGCCGCUGGAGCAGAGGCCGACGCUCUGAAGCCUGGAAACAGCAUCUGGUUCUGCAGAAGAAAUCGUGCAUCAGAUUCACAACAAGCUGGAGGUGCAACAUGUAGCAUUUUGAAUAUCAAUGUUGUUAAAUCGUGUCCGACUCCACGGCUGAGACGAUGAUUUCAAGCCUCUGUUUCCUUAUUGUUCCUCAGAAGACACGAUUAAAAUAGUUCCUGUGCUGCAAAGAUCUCAGACCAGAGAGGAGUUUAAAAGAAAUAAUGUUUUGCACAUUAGACGAGGACACAGAGACACUCGUUUGUAGUCAACUGAUUCACGGCUGGGUCGAUCAAACCGAGGAUGGAGAGAAGAUGAGUCUGUCUGCAUUGUUUACAGGUUAUUUUCUAUUUUAAUGCUUGUGUUAUGCACAGCAGACAUUCAACUCAGUAUUUUGUAUAUUUUAGUUUUAAUGAUAAUCUGGUAUUUCAGAUACAAAAGCUAAAAUCAAAGUCUGACCUUUUCAGCAUCAUAUUAAAUUGAAUCUUCAGGCCACCAUACUGUUAAUUGGUUGUUUUUGCACCUCAACGCCCCCUAGUGACCAAACAACCAAACAUGCACACACCAGAUGAUCUUUUCAAUCAAUUGGUAGAAGAAUAAAUUUGGUUGUUUUUUCAUUUGACAGUAUUUCCAGCCUCACCUUGAUAUUUGUGUUUCCGAGUUGUAUUUAUCGCUCUGCAUUUGCUUGUGUUUUCAUUUCUUAAUUUUCUAGUAAUUUAUUGUAGCCUUUUUGAAAACGUGUACUGGAGGAAGGGGAAACGUUUCCCCUGUGAUUUAAUUUCCUGACAUACUUUUUAGUUUUCUAAUGAAAGUAAAAGAAGAGUUUGAUUCUGAUUCCAUUUUUUAAAAAGUGUUCUGAAAGUUUUUUCCCCACUUUUACGACGACGUGUAUUAUUCUCUCCGAGUAGCUGUCGCUGUCACGUUUGAUGCUUUUCUCACGCUGGAGAGGAACUCUUUCAUUUAUUUGAGAACAAGCGGUGAACCUGUUAAACUGGAAAAGACGAUGCUGAUGUGUUCCAGCAGUACAGAUGUGUUCCAGCAGUACAGAUGUGUUCCAGCAGUACAGAUGUGGCUCCUGCUUCUUUUCUGUAACCUCACAGCUUUUUCAUUUCCCAAAAAAAUCUCCCUGAGCUACGAACGUUUUCUACUUUGAUCCACCACAGGGACUGAGGUGCAGCUGGAGGUUUUCAGUGAAGUUGAAUCAAAAAGUUAGCACUUUACUCUGGUCCUUUUAUUAUUUUAGGAGACUCUCGACAUAUAUAUUUAAAAGAAGACGUGCCUACUGUAGCUCCGCACCGCUGUAACUUUCAUGGACUGACGUGGCUACUGCGUACAGCCCACUCUGUAUGUAUGCAGUGGGCUCCACCACCAGCUUCAAAGCAAUAAAAUGAUUUGUUGAUCCCGA